ACACCCCUUGAGAAAACUGUUUUGGUUUCGUCCUACUGAGUGACGGCACGGUAAAGUUUCCCCAUUGUGUUGUACACUGUGGUUUUGCAUGACGGUGAAGACGAGAAGCCCUGUGUGUGACAAUGGAGGACGUGGAAGCAGAGAGCAGCACCCAGCCGGAGGCCAUGGAGGAGGAGAAUCCUCUCUUCAGUAACCUGGACCUCUUCCUCUUCACCCUCAUCGCCGGCCUAAUCAUCUACUGGUUCAUGUCCCGCAAGAAGGCCGAGCCCAUCCCUGAUUUCAAGAAGCUCGACCAACCAGCACCUUCUACUCAAGAGACUAGUUUUAUUGAAAAGAUGAAGAAAACAGGUAGGAACAUCGUGGUAUUCUACGGCUCUCAGACAGGCACGGGCGAGGAGUUUGCCAACCGGCUGUCCAAAGACGCUCAGCGCUACGGCAUGAAGGGUAUGGCCGCCGACCCCGAGGAAUACGUCAUGUCUGAGCUGUCCCGUCUGGCUGAGAUUGGCAACUCCCUGGCCAUCUUCUGUAUGGCCACUUAUGGUGAGGGAGACCCCACAGACAACGCCCAGGACUUCUAUGACUGGCUGCAGGAGACCGACGGGCGAUUGGAUGGAGUCAACUAUACUGUGUUUGCAUUGGGCAACAAGACAUAUGAACACUACAAUGCCAUGGGGGCGUACGUAGACAAGAGACUGGAGGAACUGGGAGCCAAGAGGGUCUUCGACCUGGGCAUGGGAGACGACGACGGCAACCUGGAGGAGGACUUUGUGACAUGGAGGGAGCAGUUCUGGCCAGCCAUGUGUGAGCACUUUGGAGUGGAGGCUUCAGGAGAGGACUCCAGCGUUCGUCAGUAUGAGCUCAAGGAGCAUAAUGACAUCAACAUGAACAAGGUGUACACGGGAGAGUUGGGCCGUCUGAAGAGCUUUGAGACUCAGAAACCUCCUUUUGAUGCAAAAAACCCCUUCCUGGCUCCAGUCACUGUUAACCGCAAGCUCAACAAAGCAGGUGACAGGCAUCUCAUGCACCUUGAAGUGGACAUUACAGGCUCCAAGAUUAGAUAUGAGUCGGGAGACCACGUUGCUGUCUACCCUACCAAUGACACAGUGAUUGUGAACAGGCUGGGACAGAUCCUUGGCGUGGACCUUGAUUCCGUUAUCUCUCUCAACAACCUUGAUGAGGAGUCCAAUAAGAAGCACCCAUUCCCUUGCCCCACCACCUACCGUACGGCUCUGACCCACUACCUGGACAUCAUCCAUCCGCCUCGCACCAACGUCCUGUAUGAGCUGGCCCAGUACGCCACUGACCCCAAGGACCAGGAGAACAUGCGCAAGAUGGCCUCGUCUGCUCCCGAGGGCAAGGCUCUGUACCAGAGUUUUGUGCUGGAAGACAACAGGAACAUCCUGGCCAUCCUGGAGGAUCUGCCUUCCUUGCGGCCUCCCAUCGACCACCUGUGUGAGCUCAUGCCCCGUUUGCAGGCUCGCUACUACUCCAUUGCCUCCUCCUCCAAGGUCCACCCCAAUAGCAUCCACAUCUGUGCUGUGCUGGUGGAAUACACAACUAAAACCGGGCGCCUCACAAAGGGAGUGGCCACCACCUGGCUGAAGAACAAACUGGUUGCGGACAACGGCCACAAGUCCACGGUCCCCAUGUACAUCCGCAAGUCCCAGUUCCGCCUGCCCUUCAAGGCCAGCAACCCAGUCAUCAUGGUCGGUCCUGGGACUGGCAUCGCUCCCUUCAUGGGCUUCAUCCAGGAGCGUGGGUGGCUCAAAGAGCAAGGCAAGGAGGUGGGGGAGACUGUCUUGUACUGUGGCUGCAGGCACAAGGAGGAGGACUAUCUGUACCAGGAGGAGUUGGAGGAGGCUGAGAAGGCGGGUGUCAUCACGAAGCUCAACGUGGCUUUCUCUCGGGACCAGGAGCAAAAGGUGUACGUGCAGCAUCUCCUGAGGACCAACAAGGAGGACUUGUGGAGGCAGAUCCACACAGACAAUGCACACAUAUACAUCUGCGGGGAUGCGCGGAACAUGGCCAGGGAUGUGCAGACAGCUUUCUAUGAGAUAGCAGAGGAGCUGGGCGGCAUGACACGCACUCAGGCCACCGACUACAUCAAGAAACUGAUGACCAAGGGACGGUACUCGCAGGACGUCUGGAGCUAAAACACCUAGGAUCCAACCACAUCUUAUGUUUGUUUGUUUUUAGACUUGCAUUGUUGUUUGUGUCAGUUUGUAUCAGCAAUGGUUAUAAUGGGUCACCAACCCUAGUACUGGAGAGCUACCGGUUGUGCCGGCUUUUGUUCCCGCCAAGCACUAAAACAUCGGAUUCUAUUAAUUGCCUUAUCAUGACCUUGAUUAGUUGAGAUGGGUGUGUUUGUGUCAGGCUAGAAUAAAAGCCUACACAUUGGGACCAGGAUUUUUGACCACUGGGGAAGGAUAUCGCUGGUUGUUUUUAUUCCAUGGAGCAACACCAGCACUCAAACAUGCACCACAAUAACAGUCGGUCAUCCUCAUUCAGAUGAUUCAUUGAUAUUAUUCUAUGUCAGUCGGCCAUCAGUUUGGUAGCGUCAAAUGUAGUAUCACAUUUGUUGAUGUUUAUCUUUUGCAGGAGAAAGAACGUUUGAUAAUGAUAUACUGUAGCUGUACAUAAUUGUACAAAGUGAGGAGGUGGGUUUAAAUACAAAACUCAUACAGUGCAAGUCUCUUCUUUAGGAAGUUGACCUAAUCUGGGUACUCAAGUGUAUUCCGAAUACAUGAUAAAUAUUUUAGAUUUGAGAAAUAAACUUUUUGUCUACGAAAUCAGUAACUGAAAAGCUUAGUGUUUGUUUCUAGUACCUUUUGCAUUUGGAUAAGCGAUAUAGCCUUUUAUGCAAUGAUGUUACUGUACAUUUCUAAUCAAUCACAGUAACCCUUAGCAAGGCAUGAUAAAAGUAUCAUUUUGCAAUUCAGUAGUCAAGCCCUCUAUUGAGGAGAAAUGAUUAGCUUUUAUUUUCCACAAGACUGCCUUUUAAAUAUAUCAAAGAAAAUUAUUAUUAGGUUCCCUGAGGUGUUUGUAUACAUGAUGCAAGUAAGCAUCAAAGGGGAAUGGGUAAAUAAUAUGCAUAUUUCAACUUAAAUUCUCUGCAUUAUCCAGUUUACAAUGAAACAAAAACUGAACACGUACACCACUUAGUAGCAAGCAUUCAAAUGUACAUGUUUCUUUAUCAUGCAAACCUCGCACUGUACCCUGAGAAUGUAGAGUUCUACAGCUUGUUGGCUUUGAGUGUCAACUUUAUUUUAUUUUCUAUGUACUAUUGCACACUAAUCAGUGUAAGUACUGGAUGAUAUCACACUUAUCUAUGAAAUUUGGCAUAUCCUUUCUUCACUUCACUGAAAACGAGGUGCAAGGUUGUCAACUUGUGGAAAUAGUAAACCCGUUUUGGCCCGUAAGCCAAGCAAAGCAUUUCAAUUUGUAAAUUCAGUGUGUGCCUUAUUGAAAGUGGUGCCUGACUUAAAUGUAGAAGGUUUUUUUGGAUGCAUUACUAAAGGCAAUUUUUCUAAAAUAUUGGAGAAAAACCAUAUUAUGAAGACAUUCAUGUUACUUUUUUGUCCACAUUCCAUUUUAUAAUACAAUAAGUGUCAACUGAAUGAAUGGAUCUAAGCAUAUCCUUUUAAAAUUAAUAAAAAACAUAUUAAAUAUUGUUAA